CGACAAUCUCAAUGGCACUCUACGUAUAAGAUCUCUUCACUGGCAGCAAAACCAAAGCCAUAUCCAUCUCAAGCAGAUCUCGGAUUUCAUCAUGACAGACCAAAAGCCUGACGUGAAAGAGUUCAGCACUGCCAAGGACGUCGAACUUGAUGAGCCGUCACCAUAUCGCAAUUUGUCUCCUGAAGAUGCAGCUCUCAUGCGAUCUUAUGAAGGCGAAAGGGGUAGAAAGGUAGUCCGCAAGAUUGACUACCGAUUGGUGCCUGUCAUGGCGGUUCUCUAUCUCCUUGCACACAUCGAUCGUGGAAAUAUUGGCAACGCAAAAAUCGAAGGAAUGGACAAAGACCUCGGAUUGACCGGAAACCAAUAUAACAUUGCGAGCACCAUCUUCUUCGUUCCUUAUAUCAUCUUCGAAAUUCCUUCAAACAUCGUACUGAAAAAGGUUCGACCGAGCAUUUGGCUGUCUUUCUUGGUUGUAUCUUGGGGAAUCGUGAUGACUUGCAUGGGCGCGGUACAAAAUUUCAAAGGAAUGCUCGCAUGCCGUGUCAUGCUUGGGCUUGCAGAGGCUGGUUUCUUCCCCGGAGCUGUAUUCAUUGUGUCGUCAUGGUACCCUCGACACGAGCUACAACAGCGCCUGGCUCUGUUCUACACAGCCUCGGCCUUCUCUGGUGCUUUAAGCGGUCUUCUUGCUUUCGCAAUUGCACGCAUGGACGGCCUCCAAGGGAUUAGAGGCUGGAGAUGGAUCUUCCUCAUCGAAGGUGCAGUUACAGUAGCCGCUGGCCUUGUUAUGCCCUUCUUCAUCAUUGACUCCGCAGAAAGAGCUUCCUGGCUGACUGAUGAGGAGAAACGCUUCAUCGACCUCCGACUCCAACUCUCUGGUGUCCGCGCCGUUACCGAGGAGGGCGACAAGUUCUCCUUCAAGCUCCUCGGCAAAACUAUGAUUGAUUGGAAAAUAUGGCUCGGAAUAAUCCUAGCAUGGGCGAACUCGGUGCCAAAUGCGGCCUUUAAAUUUACCAUGCCCCAAAUCAUCAAGCAACUCGGUUUUGUUACCCAGACCGCACAACUUCUUACCAUUCCGCCUUACUUCUGCGGUGGUGUUUCUGCCUGGCUCGUCGGUCGCUACUCCGACAAACUGGCCUGGAGAUUUCCUUUCAUCGUUGGCCCACUCAGUGUCCUUAUCGCGGCAAUGGGAAUAUUGUUUGGGCUCUCAGGCAACGUCAAGGGCAACGUUGGACCAAUGUACUUUGGUAUUGUGUUGGCGCAGAUGGGUAUCUACCCUCUUCUCCCUGGUAUUUCAGCAUGGGUAGGCAACAAUCUCGCACCCUCAUGGAAGAGAUCAAUGGGCCUGGCCUGGCUGCUCGCUGCGGGAAAUCUUGGAAGCUUGGUUGGCACCAAUAUCUUCCUUGACCGUGAAGGCCCAAGGUACCCUACUGGAUAUGGCACAAGCUUGGGAAUAGUUGUAUUGGCCAUGAUUGCUGCAGUGGUACUCGAGUCGACUCUGUGGUCCCGUAAUAAGAAGCAAAAGGCUAUGUCAGAGACAGAGAUCAGGACAAAAUACUCACAGGUGGAGCUUGAUGCAAUGGGUGACAAGAGCCCGCUGUUCUAUUACACUCUAUAG